AUGAGUGCAGGAUAUAUCCAAGCGUUGUGUAAGAGGACAUUUCUGGCUAAGACCCUUCUCCUUUCACCAGAGAAAGUGAAGACCAUAGCAUCAGCUACCUCAGGCCAGCGAAGCAAUCCUAUGUGGUCUAUCGUACGUAGACACAGGAUUACUUCAUCAAACUUUGGAUUCAUUUUGAGAGCUAUCCAAAGAAACAGCUACCCACCUUCAUUUUGGAAACGCCUCAGUUCCCCUCACAACUUGGAGAAGAAGGACUCAAUCGCUUGGGGGAUCAACCAUGAAAGGAACGCUAUUGACAAAUAUCGUAAACUUGGGGCUAAGGUUGAAGAAACAGGCAUAUGGCUUCACGAAUCAGGAAGUCUCGGCGCUUCCCCAGAUGGAAUUGUGGUUACCCCAAUUCCACAGUCUGCAACACCACCACCAGACAUCAUCGAAGUUAAGUGUCCAUUUUCGGCCAGAGACAAGCCACCGUUGGAUGCCAUUGGUCAAAGAAUUUUUGCUUAG